AUGAACUUACAGUGGUCUACUGUCUGUAUCGAAAACAAAACCUUGGAUUUACAAACAGCAUUUGAUCAAGCUCUAGCUCUGGAGACGGCGCAGAAAAGCUACGAGACUUACAACUUGAAUACCCUAACAAGAGCUGCUGCGACUUCCUCAACAGAACCCGAGGAACAGAACAAAUUAAGGGAAGAAACGGGUGAGAGGUAUGUAGCAUUCACUUAACGUUGUGCUAAAUGUUUCUUUUGUAGUAUUAGUCCGCAUGCACGCUCAAUAUGCCCAGCAAGAGAAGCUAUUAAUUUUGUAACAAGUGUAAGAAGAGAGGGUAUUAUCGGAGAGUUUGUCGUUUUACUGCCAUGUUGUUCUGCUGAAGAUUCAACACAUGCACAAUAAUAAUUUUGGGUGGAACAAGCAAGUCAUUGCAUAGUUCAUAGUACUGUACUGCUCAGAAGUAACCUAAUGCUGCGAACGCGUUCGGAACGCGUUCCAAAACGCGUUCGGAACACCUUCAAGAACGCGUUCGGAUCACCUUCAUGAAUGCGUUCGGAAACUCUUCGAGAACGCGUUCUUGAAUGCGUUCUGAAACUCAUGUUUAUUUCUCUCGUGAUAUUUCUCUUUCAAGCUUCGAAUCUCUUCGGACUCAAAUUCGUCUAGCUCGCAUUAUCCCACCAAUUCAAAUGCCCAAGAAAAAGAAAUAUAUUUGGUCUUGA